UGACUAGCUGCCGUUCCCCUCCCGGGGCGAAAUGUUUCUCUUUUUGAAAUCCACGCCUCUCUCCGUUGCAGGGAGUCAGAGACCUGCAGCCCGGAGGAGAGGGUUUGUUUUGGCUUGGUAUUUCAUGCACGGGGUUUGUAAGGAAGGAGAUAACUGUCGCUACUCGCAUGACCUCUCUGACAGUCCAUACGGUGUGCUGUGCAAGUAUUUUCAGCGAGGGUACUGCAUUUACGGAGACCGCUGCAGAUACGAACAUAGCAAACCAUUGAAACAGGAAGAAGCAACUGCUACAGAUCUAACUGCAAAACCAUCCCUUGCUGCUUCCUCAAGUCUCUCACCAGUAGUUGGACCGAUUGUUGAAAUGAAUACGGGCGAGGCUGAGUCAAAUUCAAACUUUGCAACUGUAGGAGCAGGUUCAGAAGACUGGGUGAAUGCCAUUGAGUUUGUUCCCGGGCAGCCCUACUGUGGCCGUACUGCCCCUUCUUGCACUGAAGCACCCCUGCAGGGCUCAGUGACCAAGGAAGAGCCAGAGAAGGAGCCAACGGCCGUGGACACGAAGAAGCAGCUCUGUCCCUAUGCAGCGGUGGGAGAGUGCCGCUACGGGGAGAACUGCGUGUAUCUCCACGGAGACCCGUGUGACAUGUGCGGGCUGCAGGUCCUACACCCAGUGGACGCAGCCCAGAGAUCACAGCACAUAAAAUCUUGCAUUGAGGCCCAUGAGAAGGACAUGGAGCUCUCGUUUGCCAUCCAGCGCAGUAAGGACAAAGUGUGUGGGAUCUGCAUGGAGGUGGUCUAUGAGAAAGCCAACCCUAGUGAGCGCCGCUUCGGGAUCCUCUCCAACUGCAACCACACCUACUGUCUCAAGUGUAUUCGCAAGUGGAGGAGUGCUAAGCAAUUUGAGAGCAAGAUCAUAAAGUCCUGCCCAGAAUGCCGAAUCACAUCUAACUUUGUCAUUCCAAGUGAGUACUGGGUGGAGGAGAAAGAAGAGAAGCAGAAACUCAUUCAGAAAUACAAGGAGGCAAUGAGCAACAAGGCGUGCAGGUAUUUUGAUGAAGGACGUGGGAGCUGCCCAUUUGGAGGGAACUGUUUUUACAAGCAUGCGUACCCCGAUGGCCGUAGAGAGGAGCCACAGAGACAGAAAGUGGGAACAUCAAGCAGAUACCGGGCCCAACGAAGGAACCACUUCUGGGAGCUCAUUGAGGAAAGAGAGAACAGCAACCCCUUUGACGAUGAAGAAGAGGUUGUCACCUUUGAGCUGGGCGAGAUGUUGCUUAUGCUUUUGGCUGCAGGUGGGGACGACGACGACGAGCUGACAGACUCUGAAGACGAGUGGGACUUGUUUCACGAUGAGCUGGAAGACUUUUAUGACUUGGACCUAUAGCAGCUUUGCGUGGCGUGGGAACUGGUCUGCUGAGCCCAGACAGUGGCUGUCCCCUGUGGUGGUGUGGCAGUGCCCGUGUCUCCUAGGCAGGCCUAGCAACUCCAGGUGCUGUCGUAAUACUUCGUACCCAGGGCCUGUCUUCUUACUCCCUCACCUUUCCCCAAGGAGUAUGUUGUUUCCUCUGGUUAAAAAGUUACAAAAAUAAACCUUAAAGUUAGUUUUUUGUAACACGAGCUUAACUGUCAGACAGUUAGUGUAGGUUUGUUGCGUCAUCUGUUUUCAACCAGAUUCACACAGUUGGAGGGUGUUCAUGGACGUGCUGCACUCAUUCUAAGGACCCAGGUUCAAAAGCCACAGCCUUGGCCCUGCUCAGGGGUCCAAGAAGAGGUGAUAGGUGAAGGAUCUGAACUGUGGCAAGUAGCCUGUGCUACAGACCUAGAGGCGGAUACUUGAGGUUUCUGCUAAAAUCUGCACAUCUGUGUUUUUAUAUGUUCCCUACCCCACAAUCCCUACCCUGUGCACUUGUUCUGUGGUUUUGGUCUCUUGAUAAUUGCACACAAGUAAUGACUACUGGAUAACCAUAACCAGGUGCGAAUGUGUGGAGAUUUUUACUGUUCAGUAUGACAGGAAGAUUCUAAAAGAAUGAUUUACUGGCAUAAAAGAAAUGCAGAAUUGAGGUUGACUCCCAAAAGCUGGUAGACUUGGCAUGUGUGAGUGCGAGUGUGUGGUCAGCCUCGCAUCCCUGCCUCGGUGCAGUGUUCUUAGCCUUAGUGGAAAACCUUGGCUUAGUGGUUCAGCCUCGUGUGGUGACUAGACCUUACAGGACAAAGCAGUAUGUUGGUAGCCGUUACUAGAGCAGUGCUAGCUUUGUCUAUAUGAAUAAAUGGGCUUAGCCAUAGAGGGUAAACUAUCUGGUUAUCCCAUAUCUUAACACAAAACGGGGUUGUGGAUACACAGUUGUAUUUAAUGCUUAAUGAUCUCUUACCCUCUCCAGUUCAGGCACCUUUUGGCAAACCUUUGUCCUCGCUUGAGGGGUUUUGUUGUGAGGUUUUUGUGUUUUUGUGGGUAUGUGCCUCAUUCCAUCCCUGUACUUUGCAGGUAGACAGAUGUGAUUCAAAACUGUGUUCUAAGGUGUUUCUUGUAGUGGAGUCAUUGGUUUGCAGUAAUAAGUUAUGCUUUCCCACUCAAGGGGGGUGGGGUUGGGUUGGUAAUUCACAAGACAAGCUAAAUUGUUAGAAUUCCUUGAUUGAAAAAUUUAGCUUGAAUUUUGUUGCUGUUUCCUGAAAAUAACUUGGAGAUGCUCCUAAGUUGUCCCAUCGACUGCUUUUGAUUCCUUGGAUCCCACCCAUUCUUUCACUUUAAGAAAAACAAGUCAUUGUUACAGAGGUCUCUGUAUUUUACAGCUGCCCUUUUGUAAGAAGCACUUUCCCAAAUAAAACAAUAAAAAACCCUAAGUUGU